AUUUGCCCCUGUCAGUCAGUCUGAACCACCCCCAACCUUGUCUUAUCAACUUACCCCCGAGGUUGGUCUCACUCUUUUACAACGUCCUCCUGCCAGCGUCUCCAACAUUGACCAGUUACUGACGCCUCUCACAAGUACUGACUGGAAACUGAGACUGAAAAUCCAGGGCUUGAGGACUUUUUGGGGGAGAAACCCGGAACACGUACCCGGACUUCUACUUGGAAUAUUUUCCAUUUACCGGACCUUGCUAAUUGGAUAACUGUGUGUGUACGUGAAUUUGGGAGAGAGUGUGUGCGGUGUUUGCAGGCCUGAGCUACAGGUUGUGGACUUUAGGUUUAUUCCUUAUCUGGUCCAGUCUGCUUUUUGGACAUGGCGUCCCUUAGAAGUCUGAUUCUUGCGCUGCUGAUGGCGCUGCUCUGCUCCUUCCACACACCAUUGGCUCCUGUUGCCAAGGCACAGGAUUUGCCUUUCCAGUCUGAGCAAGGCCUGAUGGCUGAUGAUGACGACGACGACGAUGACGACGAUGACGAUGACGACGAUGACGACGAUGAUGACGACGAUGAUGACGACGAUGAUGACGACGAUGAUGACGAUGACGAUGACGACGACGAUGACGACGAUGAUGACGACGAUGAUGACGACGAUGAUGACGACGAUGAUGACGACGAUGAUGACGACGAUGAUGACGACGAUGAUGACGACGAUGAUGACGAUGAUGAUGACGACGAUGACGACGACGAUGAUGAUGAUGAUGACGACGACGAUGAUGAUGAUGACGACGAUGAUGAUGACGACGAUGAUGAUGAUGAUGAUGACGAUCAUGAAGAUGAUAACAAGAAAGAUGAUGAUGAUGAUGAUGACGAUGAUGAUGACAAUGAUGAUGACAAUGAUGACGACGAUGAUGACAAUGACGAUGAUGACGAUGACGAUGACGACGACGACGAUGACGAUGACGAUGAUGACGACGAUGAUGACGACGACGACGAUGAUGAUGAUGAUGAUGAUGAUGAUGAUGACGACGAUGACGACGACAAAGAUGAUGACGAUGAUGAAAAAUACAACAAGGGCUCUGUGUGCGCAUAUUGUGAAUUCUGCGAGCACUGUGACAGCUGUGAAAGAUGUCCUUGUGAAGAAGGGGACAAGUCUGCACACUGUGAUGACUGCAAGAUGUGUAGUUUCUGCCACGUGUGUCCAGCUUGUCAAACUCUUUGCCAGCCUGGGGGUUUCCUUGACAUGGUGACUGGGUCCAUCUACAAGACUGUUGCUGAUGUCUUUGACGACGAUGACGAGGACAACUGAGUGUCGCCAUCGUGUGGCCAGUCCAACAUCUUCACUUUCGUUUGCUAUUUUUGUUCCCUUUUUUUCCACAGCCUCAUACUCGUGUUUGCAUCUUUCACAUCAGGGGGUAGAGUUUGGCACCCCUUGUGUUUACUAAUGAUUAAUAAUUAAACAGUAACUUAAUAAACAUCCACACUAUUGUUAUACUGCACAUGGUCUGAUUGAAUUAAGCACCUAAUAUGUAUGUAGCAUUAAAGCGGUGACUAUGACAUUAAUAUUUAUUGUUUUAAAGGAUUUGAUGCUGUCUGAUGUAAAAAAUCAAUAACAAAACAAGCAAUGGCGAAUACAGUAUGAACCGCUUAUAUCAACAACUGUCUGGGUGGAACACAUCAAGGCCUGGUAUGCCCUGUUCUUCUGGACUGUUCAUAAAAUGGGUAUGUUUAUGUCGACGUGUGUUGUAUUGUAUCAUUAACUUCAUAGUUGUCGCUAAGUUAUGUUGGCAACUGCUUUUGUUGACGUCAGUCAGUGGGGCCAAGUGAUUGACAUGAACUGGUUCCACUGUACAAGGGUGUUCACAAAGUCUAGGCGCUUGAGUGAAAAUGCAUAUAUAAUUAGAGAUGUUCCGAUCAAGGUUUUAUGCUGCUGAUUUUGAUACCGAUCAGCCAUGAGUGAGAUCGGCCGAUACCGAGACAGAUCACAGGUAUUAAAUGUUAAUUUUUCUAUUUAUUAAUGGUGAGUUCUAUUGAUUGUUUAACAUUAUCAACAAAAUGCUUGAACUAGUUUGUCAUGCUCUUUUAUUACAUACGAUUGUUUAAGAAAAACAAUGUCCUUAUUACACUGUAACUAAACAAAAGCAAAAACUAUUUAAACUGCUUGUUUAAAUCGUUUGGUGUUUGCCUUCAAGGUCAACCUGUGUCCGGGGGAAUUAUUCCCUGAGUUUGUAAACAUUCACAAAAACAAUAAAAAAUAAUUUAGGAAAAAAAUAAAAAUAUCGAUCUACUCACUUCAGUAUCAAUUAUAUACUGAUACUGCUUAUAGCUUGGCUGGUAGAGUGACCGUGCCAGCAACUUGAGGGUUGCAGGUUUGAUUGCCGCUUCCGCCAUCCUAGUCACUUGGGCAAGACGCUUUACUCACCUGCUCCCAGUGCCAUCCACACUGGUUUAAAUGUUACUUAGAUAUUGGGUUUCACUGUGUGAAAGGGCUUUGAGUCACUACAGAAAAGCGCUAUAUAAAUAUAAUUCAUUUCACUUUUAAUAUCAACACACCAAUUUUUUGACCAAUCAGAUCCUACUCUUUUGUGUUGUGUACUGACUGUGAAAAUGCUGACAUACCAACAGUUGUUAUAUUAUCCUCUUUAGUCUUUAAUUUUAUAAUCAGAAAAAAACACAGGACAAAAACAUUUGGAAUAUUAUCAACAAACUGGGGCUUCACGGUGGCAGAGGGGUUAGUGCGUCUGCCUCACAAUACGAAGUUCCUGCAGUCCUGGGUUCAAAUCCAGGCUCGGGAUCUUUCUGUGUGGAGUUUGCAUGUUCUCCCCGUGAAUGCGUGGGUUCCCUCCGGGUACUCCGGCUUCCUCCCACUUCCAAAGACAUGCACCUGGGGAUAGGUUGAUUGGCAACACUAAAUUGGCCCUAGUGUGUGAAUGUGAGUGUGAAUGUUGUCUGUCUAUCUGUGUUGGCCCUGCGAUGAGGUGGCGACUUGUCCAGGGUGUACGCUGCCUUCCGCCCGAUUGUAGCUGAGAUAGGCGCCAGCGCCCCCCGCGACCCCGAAAGGGAAUAAGCGGUAGAAAAUGGAUGGAUGGAAACAUUUGGAAUAUUAUCAACAAACUGUAUCAAAAUAGGACCUAUGAUGAGCUCAAUCUAUUUUAUUAAUCUACUUGUUAAUUUCCCUUUAUCUGCUUACUUUCUACUUGAACCGGCUUCCAUCUACACUUCUUAAACUUUACUAAGCGCUUCUUUAUUAGUGUUGUUUCAAGAUGGGUUAGCUUAGCUUUUAGCAUGCCUGCUCCUGGCUUUCUCUCAGUGUGUAACAUGUUUAGCCUCAUCCUCCAGUGAUAAUAAUACAUGAUAACGAUACUUAAGGCACUAAGAAAUACAGGUUCUUUGCCAUAAUGGAAGUGAUUAUGCGGGAGUGGCUCUACACUGUGUAUGGGGACACAAAAUGAGCUGCCAGCCUUUGUCAGCCAGAGAGGACCUGCAGCAUUAAAGGACAUUAAUAGGCCAAACAUACUUUUUCACAAAAAUUAACCGAUGCAGAUCGAUCGGGACAUCCCUGGUUAUGUUUUAAAAUAUCCAAAUUCUGUAAUUACAUAUACAGUUUUUAAUAUAAUGUAUGUGUAUAGAUUAUAAUGUUUACGUUCAGACUUUUGGAAAACCCUGUCACAAUGUCUAUAGUUGUCAUCCUCUCCUUACAUCAGUCUGCCACUGUGUGUGUUCCAUCGGAUGCAAUUCUCCUGUGUUUGUUGACGAGAGAAAACAUUGAUUCAUUCAAAGCUCGAUAUCUGCAGCAGGUCUCUCCCUAAAUGUGUGCAGGGAAAUAAAAACUAUUUUGUGCUUUUAA